AUGAGUGCGUUUUCCUGCAACUUUGAAGUUCUUGACUCGGAACAGAUUUGUCACGCCAUUCCAUCCAUUCCUAAAGGUCUAUGGGUAUCUGAACUUCGCGAGAAGAAAAUCGAGUUGACUGACUACAGAGAGGGCUCAAUUGGCAUUCUUGUUGGAGCGGACGUCGCGGGAAAGUUACUCACCGGGAGGCCCGAGGUAUUAAGCUGUGGUUUGGUUGCUAUCGAAACUAGCCUAGGUUGGACCAUAAUGGGCCGCGUUAAUGAGGCUGAGACAAGUUGCAUGGUUAACAUCACUUUGCACUGCGCCCAGGAGUUCGACCCUUCUGAUAUGUGGAGGUUGGAUGUGUUAGGUAUCGAGGACCCCGCUUUGGUUAGUACCAAAGAAGAGACAAAAACGCUUGCGCGUUUGCACUUCUUGGAAACAGUUAAGAUAUUACCUGAUGGACGAUAUGAGGUAUGUCUUCCAUGGUUGAAGGAACAUCCCCCGCUGCCUCGAAAUUUCGAUCUGGUCCGUGGUAGACUUGAAUCGACUCUAGCCAUGUUACGUAACGGUCAUUUGAUGAAAGAAUAUGAAGCGGUGUUUCAAGAAUGGCUGAAAGAUGAAAUUAUUGAAGAGGUACAGCUUGAUAAGUGGGAUUUCGGACAUUAUUUGCCUCACCGAGCCGUGGUUAAGAAAGUCAGUACCACCCGAAUUCGUCCUGUUUUCGACGCUUCGUCCAAAGAGAAAGGUAAGCCUAGCCUGAAUAUGUGUCUAGAAAAAGGGGACAGUUACGUAGCGUUAAUCCCAUCGAUACUUCUACGAUUCAGACUGAACGCAAUAGGCGUUACUUCUGACAUAAGAAAAGCCUUUUUACAGAUUUCUGUUUCGGAAAAGGAUCGUGAUAGCUUGAGGUUCCUAUGGAAGGACGAGGCCGAACAGAUGAAAAUCUACAGUCACAGGAGGGUGGUAUUUGGGGUGACCAGUAGCCCUUAUUUGCUAGGGGCCGUUAUUGACCAUCAUCUCUCAAGGUGUGAGGAAAAAGUGGCUUCAAAAGAGGUUCCUUAUGACCGAUCUGUCAUCUCGCAGCUGCGCAAAUGCUUGUACGUUGAUAACUGUGUGACUUCGGUUGAUGAUGAGAAGGAACUUUUGGACUUCAUGUCGCAAGCCAGGGAAAUUUUUCUGAAAGCAUGCUUUGAUCUUCGUGGAUGGGAAUGGAGCCUCUGUUAA